AUGACAGCUACCGCUGAUGAGAUUCAAAAAAUUUCUGAGUGGAUCUUAAAAAUUGAAGAUGGGAUAAUGUCUAAAUCAAAUGAUGGUUAUGUUGAAAUUUCAAUUCCACAAGAAUUUCUCAUUUCUAAUUUUUCAAAUCCUAUUGAGGCUAUAGUUGAAAGUACCUACUCUAAUCUCAUUCAUAACCACAAUGACUCCAAUUACCUUCAAAAUCGUGCAAUUUUGACUUCAACUAUUGAAGUGGUAUAUGAUAUCAAUCAAUACAUCACAAACCUUCUUUCAGAUGAAAAGGAAUACUUCAGUAGUGAUUCUGUUGAUAGAUCUGAAGCAACUGGCUUCGAUGCAUUUGAACACUUGACAUCUGAAUUCUUGAAUGUUCUUAAAAUAUCAGGAUUGCCUAAUCAUUCAAUCAAGUUGAAAGUUGGGAGCACAAUUAUGUUGUUGCAAAACUUGGAUCAAUCAGAAUGA